GUACGCUGCGGGAGCUGCCUGCUCGCCAGCAUCGAAUACGUAAGUACGAGGCCCGGCCUGGCACGCUUCAUCGCCUCCAUUCCGUCAUCCCACCGCAUCCGCAGGCCGAACAGCAUCACCACUGCCAGACGCGGCAUCGCCACGACCUGAACGCGACAUCACCACUGCCAGACACUAUCCCCACGGCCUAACGCAGCUUCACCAAGCUUCAGCACGAUGCGCUUGUCCUGCGCGGGUUUCGCGGGGGUGGCUGCCUUGGCAGCGGCCGCCACGCACCAGCCGGCUGUUGGGAGCCGCGCGGACCGCGUGAACAAUGUCGCCAUCAUCGGUGAGCACAAUGCCCGCAGACAAUGACCACGGCUGACGCCUUGCCACGCGGGCAACAAACGCAGGCGCCGGCGCCGCGGGGGCCUCGGCCGCCUACCACCUGCAGCGGUACGCCGCGCUCGAGGGCGUGCCCGUCAACAUCACCAUCCUGGAGAAGACGGAGCACGUCGGCGGCCGCUCCGUCACCGUCAACAUCUACGACGACCCGGCCCUGCCCGUCGAGCAGGGCGCGUCCAUCUUCGUCGCCGUCAACCACAUCCUCUACAACGCCACCGAGCGCUUCGGCCUGCCGCGGAGCAGCCUGCGCGACGACGAGCCCGACGACAUCACCGCCAUCUGGGACGGCGACGACAUCGUCUGGCAGUCGGCGGCGGGCUCGUCGUGGUGGUGGGACGCGGCGCGCAUGUGGUGGCGCUACGGCCUGGCGCCCUACCGCGCCGUCCGGCUCGUCAACGACGUCGUCGCCACGUUCCUGCGCCUCUACGAGGAGCCGCACUUUCCGUUCCGCUCGCUGACGCAGCGGGCCUUUGAGCUCGGCCUGCACAAGGUGACGGCCGUGACGGGCGAGCAGUUUCUGGCCGAGAAGAAUGUCGGGGGCGGCUUCGCCUCCAACAUCAUGCAGGCGGCGACCCGCGUCAACUACGCCUCGAACCUAGCGCACAUCCACGGCCUCGAGGCCAUGGUCUCGUUUGCCGCCGAGGGCGCCAUGUCCGUGGCGGGCGGCAACUGGCGCAUCUUUGACAAGAUGGUGCUCGCCAGCGGCGCCGCCGUGCUCCGCAACGCGACGGUCGCCUCCAUCGCCUUUGCCAAGGGCGGCGGCGACGACGACGACGCCCAAAAGUACGUCGUUUCCACCAGGGACACGGGCGAGCCGUCGGCCGAGGCGCGGGAGCUGCCCACGGCGUUUGACAACGUCAUCAUCGCCUCGCCCUGGCAGUUUAGCAGCAUUGAUGCGGCCAAGGGCGUCCUCAAGCACCGCAUCGACGAGAUUCCCUACAUGAAGCUCCACGUGACGCUGUUCGCGUCGCCGUUCAAGCUGCGCGCCGAGCACUUCAAGCUCAAGCCCGGCAGCAGGGCGCCCAGCAACGUCUACACGACGCUCGCGCCGGGCGAGGACGCGGGGCAGGGCCCGGACGGCGUCGGCAGGACGGGCUUCUACUCCAUCAGCACCCUCCGCCGCGUCGUCAACCCCAAGACGCGCCGGCGCGAGUACGUCUACAAAAUCUUUUCCGCCUCGGCCGUGACGCCCGCGUUCCUGUCGAGCAUCCUCGGCGCCCGGGUCCCCGACACGUUCGUCGGGCCGUCGUCCGAGGCCGCCGUCGAGGCCAUCUCGUGGUUCCGCCCGCACUGGUUCCACUCGUACCCCGUCGAGCUGCCGCGGGUGACGUUCCAGGACCCCGUCGUCGGGCGCGGCCUGUACUACACCUCGGGCGUCGAGAGCUUCAUCUCGACCAUGGAGACGAGCGCGCUCAUGGGCAUGAACGUGGCGCGCCUCAUCGCCGACGACGUGGCAGGCAAGCGGCGGCCCGAGGCGGAGGGCGAGAAGACCGACGCGCAGGACGAGCUGUGACGAGUGAUGUGCAUGCCAUGUUUCGAGCCAGCGAUUUGACAGGUUAGACUCUGCAAUGUUUGCAAAAUGCAAAAUGCAAAAUUACUAUUUGCAUAA